AUGGUCAUCAACUCGCAUGGCCUCGAAGGCCCCCGCGUCGACAGCGCCGACAGCGUCGGUGAGGCCUUCAAAUCGUCCCCAUCGACAAUCUUGAAGCCAUUUAUCAAACCUGCGGUCAACUUUGCGUCGGCAGAAAGGGUUCAGGGUAGUAUCCACUCACUCCCUGAGCUUGUUGACUUCAAUGCCAUCAACAAUGCCACCCACACAUUCUGCGUACAGGCAAAGUCGCAAGAGCCCUUCGACACAAUCACCCACGGCGAAUUCAAGGUGGCUGUCGCCAAGUGCGCAGCUUGGUUGAAGGAGAACCUGCCCAUCAAGAAAGCUGAGGGUAGCGGUGCUCUGACCGACAUGGCUCCGGUCGCCCUCUUUAUGGAGAGUGAUAUCGGACUUGUGAUCCAUGAGUUUGCUCUGAUGAGCAUCGGCGUGCCUCCCCUUGUCUUGUCUCCCCGCUUGCCACCAGUUGCUAUCAACGCUCUCCUCGAGGGAACAGCAGCGUCUUCCUUCAUCGUCUCGCAGCGAUUGAGUGAGCCUGCCAAGCCUGCACUGGCUGCAUUGGCUGCCAGGGGCGUUUCUACACACAUUGGUAACCUGUACAAGGCCUACUACCAGCAAGGCGCCGACCCAAGCACCACAGCUCCCUUUGAUCUUCCUCAGAACCCCGACAGUAUCAUUCUUCUGCUGCACUCGUCUGGGACCACUGGGCUGCCCAAGCCGAUUCCCAUCACGCACCGUCAGCUCCUGUUCGCGGUCAACUGCCACAAGUUCGACACCGAAGAAGAGGCCCAGAGUCUCAACUUGUCUACUCUGCCCCUUUUCCACGGCUUUGGCUUGGUUGCUCCUGGAUUGUCCAUGUCCGCUGGCAAGCCCACGCUCUACCCCGCCAACGACGGCAUUCCUAAUGCUCGCUCCAUUGUCGAUCUCAUCAAGAAGAGCAACGCCAAGUCGAUGAUGACCGUGCCAUUUCUUCUCGAUGAUAUCACAAACCUGCCCCAGGACGAGGGCGUCAAGGCACUUCAGCACAUGGACUUUGUCGGUACGGGCGGUGCCGCACUUGGCGCUGGAAUAGGCGACCGUCUUGCCGCAGGGGGUGUCAAGUUGCUCAACUUCUACGGCACGACGGAGACGGGCCCUCUUUCGCUGACCUUUGCCCCCAAAGACGACUAUGACUGGAAGUAUUUCCGUCUCCGCACAGAUUGCGAGUAUAAGGUCGACGAGCUCGCGCCCAAAGAAGACGAGCGCCGUUUCCGCUUGACUGUCUAUCCCUAUGGCGGAACGGAGGGAUUUGAGAUCUCUGAUCAGUUGAUCCGCAAUGAGAGAUACCCAGAGACCGAUUUCGCUGCUGUUGGUCGUGACGAUGAUGUGAUUGUCCUGGCCACUGGAGAGAAAGCCAACCCUCUGAUCUUGGAGACCACCCUCACUGAGACACCGGGCGUCAAGGCGGCUAUUGCCUUUGGUGAGAACCAGUUCAACCUGGGUGUCAUCGUCGAACCCGUGGAGCCUGUGACUGCUGGGACAGAGGCUGCCUUCAAGGACAAGAUCUGGCCUAUUAUCACUGCAGCUGGCGAGAAGAUGGAUGCGUACUCUCGAAUUCCCUCCCCCGAGGCCAUUGUCAUUGUUCCCGCUGGUGUGACCGUGCCUCGCACGGACAAGGGAUCGAUUGCCCGCAAGGAAACCUACGCCCUCUUUGAACGUGAGAUCAAAGCAGUGUACGAGAGGCUUCUCCAGGCUGCGUCUGAAGCUACGGAACCUCUCGACCUCGACAAUCUCGAGUCCCACCUCAAAGAUCUGGUCCACGCCAAUUUGCGUCUACAGGCUCCUCCAUCGGAAUGGAGCGUCGAGGAUAGCAUCUUCGACGUGGGUGCAGACUCGUUGCAGGCACUUCAGCUGAGGCGCGUUCUGGUGGCUGCAGCUUCCAAGACCGACGCAUUCAAAGAUGUUGACGUUGCCAAGCUGAUUCCUGCCGAGUUUAUCUAUCUGAAUCCCUCGGUUCGUGAGAUGGCCACAGCCCUUACCAAGGGGUCUUCGUCUGGGGAGUCUUCGUUGGAAGAGGCUGCCAAGGAAAUCGAGGAAUUUGUCGAGAAGUACACACUCACCGAACCGGUGUCUGAGCCCAAGGCACCCAGCUCCUCUGAGAAUGCCUUUGUUCUCAUCAGUGGCAGCUCUGGAAGCCUCGGGUCGCACGUCGUGGCGGAUCUCGCCCGACGCCCCAAUGUCCAGAAGAUUGUCUGCCUCAUCCGAAAGGACAAGGGCACCAAUGCUCCGCCCAUGCCUGGAGGCAAUCCCAUCGACAAGAAGGUUCUCAAGUCUCGCAAUAUCACCCUACGUGACUCUGAGUGGGCAAAGAUUGCCACGCUCGAGGUUGACCCUACAGCGCAGAAGCUCGGGCUUAUCCCAAUGGCAUAUGGCAUGAUGCAGAUGAAGGUUACUCAUGUGAUCCACGCUGCCUGGCCCAUGAACUACUUGCUCAAGACCAAGUCGUUCCAGUACCAGUUCAAGUUCUUGAAGAACCUUCUUGAGUUCGCCGUUCAGGGAGCUGGGCCUACCAAGAAGCGCUUCACAUUCGUGUCUUCCAUUGCUGCAGUUGCCCGCAUUGGUCUUGGAAACCCUGGCAGUCCGAUUGCAGAGCAGCCCGUUGCGCCUGCAGACGGUGCGUGCGGUAUUGGGUACGCCGACGGCAAGCUCGUUUGCGAGAAGAUCCUGGAGCGCGCAGCAGAGGCAUACGCCGGGCAGCUUGACAUCACGUCUGUCCGCUUUGGCCAGAUGACUGGUGCCAAGAACACAGGUGUGUGGAAUGCCAAUGAGCAGAUCCCGAUGCUUCUGCGUUCGGCGCAGACCAUGGGGUCACUGCCCCAACUUCAAGGAACCCUUUCGUGGAUUCCCGUGGAUGAUGCCGCUGCCACCGUCAGCGAGAUGACUUUUGCCACCGGGCCCUUGCCCGUUGUCCAGCAUCUCGAGAACCCUGUUCGACAGUCGUGGGAGGACAUGGUGCAGGUUUUCGCCAAAGAGCUCAGCCUGUCCGCCCCUGUAGUCCCAUUUGAUCAGUGGCUGGAGCAGGUGGCCUCUGCCGAGCACAGUGACGAGGAUCUGCCGGUGAAGAAGCUUAGGGCGUUUUUCGGCAAUUUCUUCAAGACGGUGGCGUGCGGCCACGUGGUGUUGGGCACGGAGGUGGCCAAGACGCAGUCACCCACACUCAGCAACAUGGGGGCCGUGAGUGAUCUGGUUGUUAAGACAUACGUAGACUACUGGAAGAGCACGGGGUAUCUGAGGAAGUGA